UUAUCUUUCGUUAUGUUCUGUGCGUUUCUUUUUUGUUGUUAUUUUUCUUAGCAACACAAGAGCAGUUUAGAAGCUCAUUUAAAAACCCUUGUACUUUUGGAAAUACUUGAACUUGCAUUUGUGUUAGUUAAAUCAAACGCACGCGAUCCUGUACAGAUCUCUUUACAUCUCACCCUUUGAGACAAAAUGAAACUGUUCUUGAAAUAAAGAAUAGGUUCGCGCGAUUUCAUUAAUAUAUUUCCUCUCUCUGGCAAGAAACUACUCCCUUAUUCUGCAGUCUGUAUUUUAUUCACUACGCCGCUAAACUUAAACCAAACCACAGUUGACUUACGCAUACAUAUAUGUACCUGCCCAUACACACACACCUGCGUCAACACAAGCAUACAGUCAUAUAUGCAUGUGUGUGUAAAGUACAAAGAACUUAGCAAUGGAUCGCGAUCCGCACUCUCUCGCCGGCAUGGCGUACGAGCGCUAUGGUAUCCUUGUGGAAGACGAGGAAAUCACAAUUGCCAAAGCCGAUGUUAAUAUUCAAACUAUGACUGAUGUUUUACUGCCCUCAGGAUUGGGUGACACAUUUAUGCAGGAACCGCACUUCAGCUCAGAAGAUAAAUCUGUAUUGAAAACAACAGAUGGUGUUUACCUGUCUUCUGAUAAGAUAAAGAAGGAACCUAAGCCACAUACCUUUGCGGAAGAGCGGGAGCAGGUUUCCCAUGUUUCCGCGACUUCAGAUCUAGUUGGUCCCGCUGUUAGGUCAAGGCGUUGGGAACAGAAGCUAGUCCAAAUAAAAACCAUGGAGGGCGAGUUUAGUGUCACCAUGUGGGCAUCAGGGGGCACUUCCGAUGACGAUGAUGUUUACUCCGAGUCUGAUAAUAAUUUGCGAACUCGAGCUUGUGCCGAAGAAGGUGACAUCAUUCACCAGCAAGAAGCUUGCGGUCCUGUUGAUACGUUUCUACACGAGCAGAUCGUAUACCAGCAGGUGUUUAACCCACAUCAAAUAAGCUUAGGUCCAUUAACAACUGAGCAGUUGUACAAGGAGAAGGUGCCAACAGCACCAAUUCACAUUUCCAUUCCCCCAUCCAAACCAACAAUAGCACCAAAUUGUGGACCACAUCCAGUCAUUUCAAUGGAACUGGAAAGUCAAACGCUGCUGGGAGUAGACAACAGUUGUGACGUAAAUACGGGAAGUGAAACAUUGUCAUACAGCUACCAGUCGCUGACUACUUCCGCCGAGUCUGCCAUUUUAUCAGCCCCUCCGGCACAGCUGCUCAUUGAAGAAGCUAAUUUAGGACAGUCAGCCGUCGAGGAUGAUAAGAAAAUCGCCUGCCCCCAUAAAGGUUGCCAUAAAACUUUUAGAGACUCGUCUGCCAUGAGGAAACAUCUGCAUACGCACGGGCCUCGUGUCCACGUAUGCGCGGAGUGUGGUAAGGCCUUUGUAGAAAGCUCAAAGUUAAAACGACAUCAACUGGUCCACACUGGCGAGAAACCGUUCCAAUGUACAUUUGAAGGCUGCGGCAAACGCUUCUCACUAGACUUUAAUUUGAGGACACACGUGCGAAUCCAUACUGGAGAUAGACCAUUCGUUUGUCCCUUCGACGCUUGCAACAAAAAAUUUGCCCAGUCCACGAAUCUUAAGUCGCAUAUAUUAACGCACGCAAAGGCCAAGAGAAAUGGAAACACCUCCCGCCAUGGCACUUGCUCUAACAACGAGGCGGAUCCACACAGCCCACACAGUGAAGAGACUUCGGGAAGCCUAAUAAAAUCGGAAUUGGGAGAUCACGUGUCCUCUACCGCCUCCGACCAUGCCCCAUUUAUAGUGUAUGCAGACUGAUGCGUGUCCUCUUUAGAUAAUUAUAAUUUUAUACAUGUACAUACAUAUUUUUGUAUAUGUAAAAGUUUAUGUAUCUUUUGCCAACACAUUUUAAUUUUGACUUGAUUUAUUUUUUUUGUCUAAUUAAAUCGCAAAUCGAUGAAUUUAUUCACCAGAGCUUAAUUGCGAUGAAUGUAAAAAUAUUAUGGCACAUGUCUUCAGCUCCAUUAUAAGCUAAACCGAUUACAGUUCUGUCAAAGGAAAAUAAAAUAAGAAUACAAAACUA